GUCAAGGGUAGUGCCCUGCAUGCAGCCCAGCCACUAACCCAUCCAAGGAUGGGUUGUAAAUGGCUCUGUGUGGAAAGCUCUAAGGGGUGGGGAGGGUAUGUUAUGGGACCCCUUUUCUAACUGACAGUUUUCUUUGAGGCUGGAUUGGACUUGUGGUUGAGUGUCAAAAGCAUGCCUUUGAGGGAGAGAGUGCUUUAUUGACAUUGCAAAAACCUGAUGUCCAGGUUUUCACCUUAAGGCGGGCAUCACCAUAGUGACUCUGCCUACGCUUUAAAUGAAAAGUCUUUUCGUUACUGCAUUACUCCAUCGGCUAACUGAAUAGAAAAUUCGUGAAAGAUUUGACAGAUUACACUGACUGACGUGUCGUCGGUGUCGAUGAUUAUUUGACGUUUGCCAGUAAACGCGGAUAAUUCUAUUACUGUAAACAGAAUAAUUACUAUUGGUCAGUUAGUUGCAGCAAAUCGAUGAAAACGGCUUAUUAAGAUUGGUCUGAUGAAGGUAGAAAUUCUCUCAACGAAGCAUAAGGAUGGAGUAUGUAUUCAAGUAAGGAGUAAUUGUAGGGAAUGUCACAGGCGUUUCAAGGGUUGAUAGGAUGGGGUUUGCAAUAUUCCUCAAUUAUUGUCGAGACUCACUGAAAUCAGGGGGGUACUCAAGACAGUUAAACGGCGGCUAUGAAAAUUUGUGCAGUCAUCUUUUCGUAUUAUCUCGCCAUUGAUGCUGAUGCUAAUAAGAGAAAGAAAGUUUGCAAAUAAAUAAUGGGCAUGUUGUCAGAUCUUGAGGACUUGAUAAAAAAGAAAUAGGACUGCUGUACAGUGGGUAAGGUUUAGAAGAUUGUUUCUAUCGUUUACUUUAAAUUUUCAUCAUGGCUUUCAGGUUGUCCGAAGGUUUGGAAUUUCAGUUGGAUAAAAAUUGAUCGCUGAAAUAAUAGUUUGGAAUAUCUGCAUUUAUCUACUUUUUAUCACAACUCAAUUUCUCUUCUGAAAUACAACAAUCUUUUCCAGAAUACAUCGAAAUUUUCUGUUACACAAAAGCAAGCUAAAACAAACCAAAAUUAAGAGAAUCACAACAAAAUUUCAAAGUACUGGUGACUAAGCCUGUCGCGGACCGGAACCUGGGACUAGCUCUGACCACAUACUGCUAAUUAGGGCGCCAUUUUUGUACCGUUCUUGUUGAGGAACUGAGCUAAAUUGGCUUCUUCAAGUUCAGUAAGCGAUCAUCCAGAAGAAGAAAGCAUAAUUUCAUAUUAGUUUCAAGAGGAUAUACGUUUUAAGGUAUCACUGAAUUUUUAGCGAAGUGUCAUGGCAUCACGACGUGUGUACGAACAUUGAAAAAUACAGUUUGUAGGUUGAAGCAUUUUAACUUUCAGGAGAAGAUUGCCAUCUUUUGACAUGGAUGUUGUCCAAGAACAAAUCAUGAAUGAGCUUAGAGGCCCAGGAUUUCCAAUACUUGGUUGUAUUGAUGGAUGGAGUCGAAAAUAAUGUGGCUAACAGUUACAAGGUCGAACAACCAUCCAGAAAUUAUUUUCAGGUUUUAUUUGAAUUGUGUUGCAGGGUUAGAAGGCUGUCCAGUGAAACUGGGGACUGAUUGUGGAACAGAAAAUGGUGUAAUGGCAGCUAUGCAAUGUACAUUUCAACAAGAUGCAGAAGCACAAAAGUAUGGUUCAUCUCCGGUGAAACAAAGGAUUGAGGGCUAGUGGGUAUUUUACAGAAGAAAUAGUUGUUCAGUGUAAAGCAUGUAGGAAGUGGCUAGUGCAUGAACGAAGUGCUUGAGUGCUCAAACCACUUCUUAAGUGCUUUACAAAAGAACAGAACACUGUCAUGGCUUCUCUAUUUGUUUUAUAAGAAAGAAUAGAUUAACCAUUUAACUCACCUGAGUGGCCCAGACAAAAAUUCUCCUUACAAUAUCAACACAAUAUCAACCAGACAAGUGAUGAGAAUAAAGAAAACUAUCAAUUUGGGGAUAAUUAGUUGAUCCAAUACUAAAUUCUCUGAAAUAACAUUAUAAGAAUUGUAUGGUUGACUACAAGAAGAAUUACAAAUUUAGUCUGGGAGUUAAAGGCAUUGCUUUCAAUUUUCCAAAAAGAAAAAUUAAGGUGCUAAAUUAUGACUGGUCCUUGAGUCAGUUUUUGUUUUGUUUUGGAGGAGAUCACAUUAAGCUGUCCUAGAUAUAAUGCAGCUAGUCAAAAUGCUUUCCUAGUAUUAAUACAGUAAAGAUAUUGUGGCACUUUAUAUGGCACUUUUUAUAAACAAGGAUGUCCACUGAAAGUUUCUUAAGUUGAUGGCCAAGCCUUUUGUGACUUUGAGACAAGAGUGACUCUUAAAUGUAGUGCGCAUUUUGAUUGAGUAUUUAAAGUAAAGUGGUUAUUUUACAGAAGAAACAGUUCUUGUAAAGCAUGUAGGAAAUGGCUAGAGCAUAAAAGAAGAGCUUGAGCGCUCAAGCUGCUUCUUAACCCUUUAACUCCCAAGAUCUCACUAUUAAUUCUCCUUACUGCCUGCCAUUCAGUUCUUGUGAUGUUAGUUUUGAGAAUUUGGUAUUGUAUCAACUUGUAAUCCACUAAUUAUUAUUUUUCUUUAUUCUCAUCAUAUGUCUGCUUGAUAUUGUUGUGAUAUUGUAGUGAUAUACUGUCUUGGUCACUCAUGGGAGUUAAAGGGUUAAGUGCUUUACAACAGAACAGAGUAAGUUGUCAAGGCUUCUCUGUUUGUUUUGUAAUAAAGAAUCCAUUAAAUUCCCUAAACAUUACUUUCAAUUUUCAAAACAAACUUUAGGCGAUAAAUUAUGACUGGUCCUUAAAGGGGGGCUUUUUUUUUUUUUUUUUUUUUCGUCCUCCAUCUAAUUUUGCCCACUCCAGUUUGUUUCACAGUGCCUCUGAGUCAGUUUUUGUUUUGUUUUGGAGGAGAUCACAUUAAGCCAUCCUAGAUGUAGGAUGUGACUCCCCUCCCCCAUAUAUACAUGAAUAAUUUGUUUGGCAGUCAAGAACUUCUUAAGUUGGUGAUUAUUUCCUUUACUCUUGUGAUUUUCCUGUUUGAUUCACGGUUGAUAGAGUAGGGAGAAAUUAGAUGCUGGUCAGCUCUUAGUGGUUAUAGGGUUGUCACCACUGGGUUAAGUAUAUAAUCUGACCAGGUGAGAGAUUGGCACAAGUUUGCUGAACCACUCGUAGAGCAAAUUAGAAUGAUACCAAUGCAAUAGAUACUAAGUUGAAAAUUACUUAUCUCGCAGGACACCAUUUGUUGCAUGACAUUCCAAAUAACUACUGCACAGGAGUCAGCAGACAUGACACACUGAUGCUCUCUUCUCAGUGGCAGCCCAAGCAAGGCCUAUACCCUGACAUUGGGCAAUAAAGAUCUGUCUGUUUACUAUUCUAUGAAUGGGGAAGAGUUUAGAGACGACAAACAGGUAAUGCAAACAUGUUGAGGGCUCCAAAAUGCCAUUAACUAAUAGAAUGUUCACUCUUUAUCGCCUAGGAAGGAGAGGGGGGUGGGAUGGUUUUGGUUGUGUUCAAUAAAAUUUGCCUGAUUCUCUCCACCGCAAGGGCUCUGUAAUAUUGUAAUAACCCCUCCCCCCUCCCACUGGCAGUCAAUUUUCUAGAGUCUCCCCUUUCUUCUAUGUUAUACUCUGAACCCCUUUCUGUUACCACUGAAAACUGUGUGAUUCCCCCCAAAAUCUUCUGACACCCCCAUCCCUCAGGAGAUAAAAAGGGAGUUGCUCCUUAUGGGGGUGCUGUUUUUUAAGUUUGAUAUUCUUUCUAAUUUUUCCCACUCCUGUUUGUUUCACAAUGCUUUUUUUGAGUCAGUUUUUGUUCUAGAAGAGAUCAUGUUAAGCAACCCUAGCUAGAUAUGCUGCAGUUAGUCAAAAUGCUUUCCUAGUCUCAAUACAGAGAGGAUAUUGUGUCACUUUAUAUGGCACUUUUUAAAAACAAGAAUGUCUCCUGAAUUUUUUUUAAGUUCAUGGCUCAGCUGUUUGUGACUUUGAGACAAGAGUGACUCUUAAAUGUAGCGUGCAUUUUGAUUAAGUGAUUACAAUUAAGGACAAUCAUGGUGACUAAAUAAUAACUCUAAAUUAAAACAAAAACAAAGGCUACUUUCAAAAAGCAGGAAGGCUUGAGUGAUUAACCUUCUACACCCUAAUAUCAUUAUGCACAUUUUCCAUACGGUUCUAUAUAUACAAGAAUAAUUUGUUUGGCAAUAAAGAGCUUCUUCAGUUAGUGAUUAUUUCCUUUACUCUUGUGACCUUCCUGUUUGAUUCACGGUUAAUAGAGUAGGGAGAAAUUAGAUGCUGGUCAGCUCUAAGUGGUUAAAGGGUUGUCACCAUUGGGUUAAGUACAGCAUCUGACCAGGUGAGAGAUUGGUGCAAGUUUUCAGAACCACUCAUAGAGCAAAGAGAAGCAAUACCAAUGCAAUAGAUACUAACAUGAAAAUUUCCUUAUCUCACAGGACACCUUUAGUUAGGAUUCAAAUGCAUAGUCUUCCAGGUCCUCAGUCUCCUGAAAAUGGAGUCACAAGAUUGGAUCUCUGGGAGACCCUGUUACCAACCCA